AGCUCACACGCACACUCAAACUCUUCUCGCCAUCUUUGCUUUCCUUGAACAUAAAACGCACAAAAAUGGUGAUGUUCAAGGUUUCUCGAGUGGAGACGACGCCGUACGACAGCCAAAAGCCUGGCACUUCUGGUCUCCGCAAGAAGGUGAAAGUUUUCAUCCAACCACACUACUUGCAGAACUUUGUUCAGUCAACAUUCAAUGCCCUUUCAGCUGAAAAAGUCCGAGGUGCAACUCUUGUUGUUUCUGGUGAUGGCCGAUAUUUCUCGAAGGAUGCCAUUCAGAUCAUAACUAGGAUGGCAGCUGCUAAUGGUGUAAGACGUGUUUGGAUUGGUCAAAAUGGACUGCUUUCAACUCCAGCCGUAUCUGCUGUUAUUCGUGAAAGGGUUGGAGUAGAUGGAUCCAGGGCAACAGGAGGAUUUAUAUUGACUGCAAGCCACAAUCCAGGUGGUCCUCAUGAGGACUUUGGAAUAAAAUAUAACAUGGAAAAUGGUGGACCUGCUCCUGAGGGAAUCACGGAUCAGAUCUACGAGAACACUAAAACUAUCAAGGAGUACUUAAUUGCAGAAGAUCUUGAUGUGGAUAUCAGCACAAUAGGUGUCACCAGCUUUAGCGGGCCUGAGGGGCAGUUCAAUGUUGAAGUCUUUGAUUCAGCAAGUGACUAUGUAAAGUUGAUGAAGUCAAUCUUUGACUUCGAAUCCAUUCGGAAGCUACUGACAUCUCCAAAAUUUAGUUUCUGUUAUGACGCAAUGCAUGGAGUUGGUGGAGCUUACGCGAAACCUAUUUUUGUGGAAGAGCUUGGUGCACAAGAGAGCUCGUUGUUGAACUGCACACCCAAGGAGGACUUUGGGGGAGGGCAUCCUGAUCCAAAUCUUACUUAUGCCAAGGAGUUGGUUGUCCGUAUGGGAUUGGGAAAAUCAGAUUCUCAAGGUGAACCACCAGAGUUUGGUGCUGCAUCUGAUGGUGAUGCAGAUCGUAAUAUGAUCCUUGGUAAAAGGUUUUUCGUUACGCCAUCAGACUCUGUUGCUAUCAUUGCUGCAAAUGCAGUUGAAGCAAUACCGUAUUUCUCUGCUGGUCUGAAGGGGGUUGCCAGGAGCAUGCCAACAUCAGCAGCUCUUGAUGUUGUAGCUAAACAUCUGAAUUUGAAAUUUUUUGAGGUACCCACUGGUUGGAAGUUUUUUGGAAAUCUGAUGGAUGCUGGAUUAUGUUCAGUAUGUGGAGAAGAAAGUUUUGGAACUGGCUCUGACCAUAUACGUGAGAAAGAUGGGAUUUGGGCAGUUUUGGCUUGGCUAUCCAUACUUGCCCACAAAAAUAAGGGAAAACUUGAUGGAGAUAAUAAACUUGUCAGUGUUGAAGAUAUAGUUUGCCAGCAUUGGGCUGCAUAUGGUCGCCACUACUAUACCCGAUAUGACUAUGAGAAUGUGGAUGCAGGCGCCGCAAAGGAAUUAAUGGCACAUUUAGUCAAACUGCAGUCUUCCCUUCCGAAAGUGAAUGAUAUUGUGAAGGGGAUACGUUCUGAUGUGUCAAAGGUGAUCCAUGCUGAUGAGUUCGAGUACAAGGAUUCUGUUGAUGGUUCUAUCUCGAAGCACCAGGGUAUUCGUUAUUUGUUUGAGGAUGGUUCUCGAUUGAUCUUCCGCCUCUCAGGAACUGGCUCAGAAGGUGCAACCAUUCGUCUAUACAUCGAGCAGUAUGAAAAGGAUCCAUCAAAGACUGGGAGGGAAUCUCAAGAAGCACUUGCUCCUCUUGUGGAGGUUGCUCUGAAGCUUUCUAAGAUGCAGGAAUUCACCGGACGAUCUGCACCAACUGUAAUUACAUAAAUGUAUGCUGCCAGCGGGGAGUUUACAUACUAAAAACUAUUUUCUUGUUGCGUCAUGGACUAUUACAAACUCCUAAUAAGAUCCAUUUAGGCUUCCUAAAAACUUCACUGCAGCCUUGACUGAGGCUAGUAUUAUUUACUCGAGUUAUGAGAGGAUAUUAAUUUUGUUGCUCAAAAUAAAAUAAAAUCUUCUCUAUGUAUGGCAGUAAUAUAAUAUUGGCUGAAUCAUACUUUUCGUCCUCAAAGUUGUAA